AUGUGGCUGUGUUGCGGUGCAUAUUCAUGUCCGGCAAUCGCUCUCACACCAUUCACUUCUGCGGAGAAUGACUACAAUGCUGCACGUUUAUUAUCCCUGCAUCCCCCCGUGAUCGCAAACAAUACCAUUCGACGAAUGCACCUUUUCACCGCGGGAAAGCCUCUUCAGUCCUCAAACAGGUCCGCCCCGACAUGGCCAUCCUUUUGUGCAUUGCCGUGUAUUCUAUAG